UAUGAAUAUGAUAAUAAAAUCACGACCACAAAAUCAAAUUUCCAGAUUAUCUUCCAAAAACAACGAAACAGUAAAGAGAGAUUUCUUACAAAUGAGAAAAAAAUGGCGAUUGCAAUUAAAUCACUCAUCUUCCCCAUAAAUUGCAACAACAAAAAUUUAGGAGAGAGAAAAAAUAAGCCCCCAAUUUUCCUAUCAACAAACCCAUCACACGUAAACAUGGACAAACUAUCAAUUCUCUACCGCAAAUGCAGUCACUCACCUCACCGAUUUCCAUCUUCCGACGAAAUUGUCGCCGGAAAACUUGCCAUCGCUGUCGAUCACAGCUCCGUCGUUGUGUCGGUGUUCGCUGCUUUUUCCGGCACCGGCGAUGACUUGGAGGAGAGAGAAAAGGGGUUUUGGGGGAGAAUAAUUCCGGCGAGUGUGACGCCGGAGAAUGGUGACUUGGUUGGAUUUGGACGGGCGGUUUCUGAUCUGGGUUUAACUGCUUCUAUCUAUGAUGUCAUGGUCAUUCCUUCUUUGCGCCGGUUGGGAAUUGGUCAGAUGAUAGUUCAGCGAAUCAUAAGACUUCUCAUCAAUAAAGGCAUUUAUGACAUAUCAGCUCUCUGCUCUGAGAAUGAGAGGUUAUUUUUCGCGUCAUGUGGAUUUGGAGACGAUCUUUUGGGAUCAACAACAAUGAUGUAUGCAAAUAACACUGUUAGCCAUUCGGAUAAUGACCCGAUUACUACACGAGCUGGUCGAAAACUGCUGGUAGCACCACCAUCAAGACUACCCUUCCCAUCUCAGAAUCAACCUCCUCAUGUUGCUUGCUGAUACUGAACAAAUUUUUCCCUUUAAUCUGUAUACUAUUGUUUAAUGAUUUUAGGUUCUUAUACCCACAUCUGCCAUAUAUUCUACCUAUCUGUACUGCAUUCCUUGAAAUUAUAAAAUGCUACUGUGAAAGAGUGGGGAACAGCAAAAGAAGGUUAUCCCUUGA